AAUGAAUUUAUUCACAUGACUGAAAGAGAAUAUAAAGAUGGGGAAUUUAGACCUGGAAGAUGUACAUUUCAUAUUUAUUGCACUGUGUGUGAUUCCUUAGUAUUUAUCUGUGAUAAUACUGAGAAAUGCGCAAAUAAGCAUCUGAGCGAAUGCAUUUCUAAAAUAGAGCUAAGACGCAUCGUAUAUGUUAGAUCUAUAUUAUUGAAACGAAAAAUUAAAAAAAGACUUAGUCCCGAUGAGAUUGGUAAGCUUUACGGAGUUUAUUUAUCACAUAAAAAAAGCUAUGAAUGUACUGCUUCUAACACUCCUGAAGGGCAGAAAUUUAUGAAGAUAAUGAAUCCUGAGAUGCAAGAAGAGUAUGCCAAAGCUUGCGAUGAGUUUUAUGUUUAUUUUAGAAAAUAUUACUCAAAGUACAUUGAAAUAAUCAAUCCAGCCAAAUUCACUCCACCAUAUAAGGAAUAUGUUUAUUAUUCUCUUGGUAAAUGGAUAGAAGCUAAGAAACAUCAGUUAAGACGACGGUUAGAUAAGGCAAUAUACGGAUCUAUUCCCGAUUUCUUAAGAAGGUUUACGUUUGAAUUGAUAAGUACUAUUAGCUAUUAUGAAAAGUACUAUGUAGUAUUGAGAAAUGGGCCAGACACAGCUUUCAUGCUGGUUAGGUGA